AUGUCCAUUCAACAACAUUCAUCAGAGAAACAAAAAGGAGAAGUUCAAUGUUCCAUUGAGGAUCCAACUUUGUUAGCUCCCAAUCCUUGUGCCUCUAACAUAUUGGUUACUUUGCCACAGUCAAGCCUCCCGAAUGAAACUUCUAUUGGAGCCUCUCCUGCCACAGUGCUGUCCAAACAACAAAAUAGUAUAAAUACCAGUGGAAAUUUUACCAACCUCUGUGAAUCACCAAAUUCAACCUCUCCAUCUACACCUUCGCCAUUAUCCACUAGCAAUGGUAAUGGAACAACCAAAGCAGAUAAACCAUUCCAAGAUGUUCUUGUGCCAGUCACCGUUCAAACCAAUAGUGGAUCAUUGAGUACCGUAUUAGAGAAUAUACCAUUAAAGAGAACACACAGAAGAAGAAGUUCAAAUAUGAAUAAAGAGAAUUUAUAUUGUUAUAAAUGUAAAACCAAGACAACACCAGAGUGGAGAAAAGGUCCUGAUGGUCCGGCAACAUUAUGUAAUGCAUGUGGAUUAUCAUUUGCAAAGAAAAUGAAAUUGGAACAGAUUAAAUUAAAGAAUGGAGGUGCUCAGAUUCAUACUUCUACAUUUCCAAUUGUCUUGCCUAAUCCCAUAGAUGGCUUUGACAGUCAAUAUUGUCAAGAGAGUAGUGGCUGCAGUGGUAGUGGCGGCAGUGAUUUCAGUGGACUUCAACCAUUUGUAUGUGAUACAUCCCUACAGUUAUCUGGCAGCAGUUUGUUACCAUCAUCGUCCAGCGCCAAUCCACUGGCUAAUACCACAUGUGUUCGUCCUCCCAAAGGCAAGAAGAGUAAAUCAUCAAAAACACAUACCUUCCACCAAUACAACCACAGUGGUUCCUCCUCCACUCAUAUUCCAAAUGGAAGUGUGAUAAAGAGUCAAUCCAAGAAGAAUUCCAAGAGUUCCAAGAGCUCCAAGAGUAAAAAACAAAUUAAAAAAGAAAUCGCCUCCAACAACAACAAUAACAAUAGUAAUAUCUCACCUGUCAAUAGUAUACCACAACCUCUUUCAACACCAACAAAUAAUCUUCAACCAAGUUUCCAACAACUCCACCUUCAAUACGUUCCAAAUCUACCUAUUGACACGGAUAUGAAUCUUAACAAUAUGAAUGGUAUCAGCUUUUCCAACACAAACAACCCACUGGUUACACUUAGUCCGAUUACAACUCAACCGGUGAUAUGCUCCUCUGGUGAGAAGUUCUUGGAAAUGGGUGUAUCUUCUAUUUCCAACUCCACGGAAAGUUGUUCGGUCAUGGAUGUCAGUCCACCUACAGAUCCAAACUAUCCAUUCAUUCAGUCGGUACCCAAUAUCUCCUUGCCAAUACACAUCAAAGUAGAACCCAAUGACAACAACAUCUUUAUGGACAACCAAUAUGGUGAUUCCAAUGUAAAUAAUCUUGUACAAUCUGACUGUCAAAGUCUAUUCUUUUCCAAUGACAACCAUUUCUCAAAUAAUGAAACAGUUGUCGAACAACAUCAACACCAACAACAACAACAACAACAGCAACAUCUACAUACAAAUCAAUCAAAUCAACAACAACAACAAACAGACACCAUUUCAAUAUCAACAUCUUCUUUCACAAAUGAAUAUAUGCAAAUCUCACCACCUCUCGCCAACAACAUAAAUAACAAUAAUAAUAAUAUUAAUAAUAAUGACAACAACAACAAUAAUAAUGAUAAUAAUAAUAGUAGCAAUAUAAUGGAAGAUAUUGUGGUAGAUCUCAAACUUGAAGACCCAACUACCUCCAGUAACGAUGGUGCCUACCCAAUGAAUGACGCACACGAUAUCAAUAGCUAUAAGAAUAUGAAUGACUACUUCAACGACGAGGGCUAUCUGGAUACUCUACCUACGAAUAUCGUCCAUGGUGGAUGCGGCGGCAAUGCAAUCGGAUUCUCCAACCAACAGAGCGAAGCUUCGAUCAUGGCAUUUGACAACCACCAUACCACCAACAACAUAAUAGAUUCCUACUCUGUGCCAUCGUACAACAUGGAAAUGCAUUUCCAAUAUCUUCAAAAUAUAGACAAUGAUGACCCAUUUGGUGUUAAUUCCCAAUCACCUCUUCAGAUUAUGAACGGUACAUCAUUAUUGAAGUUUUUGAUCAAAAACGAUCGAUCGUUUACAUUUAUUUAUUUAUACUUUUAUAUUAUGAUGUCAAAUUACAGUAGCAAUAGUAGUAGUAUUGGUAGUAAAUCAACACCUAUUGUUGGCUCACCUUAUGACUUUAAUAAUCUAAGAGAUUUCAAAAAGCUGUUGGCAAAGCAUAUAGAGAUAACAUCGUUACAUCACGACUGGCCUAUUUUUCUUGGAAAGAUAUUUGGUUCUGAUCCAAAAGGAAUCAUAAGACUAUGCAAUGAAGAUGAAAUACCAGAGUUACUCAGUCAACUCAACUCACAAUCGAUUUGUUUUCGCUUCUUAAUGUCACAUUUCUCAAACACACAGAAUCUCUAUAACUUUCCAAUCGACAGAGUACCUUUAUUCUCAAAGAUAAUAGAUCAACAAUCACCUGCAACACAGCAGCAACUACAACAACAGCAAUAUACAUCACCAAACAUCAUCAAUGGCUAUGACAUCUCUGACAACAAGAGAUUCAUCACCGUCAAUAUAUUUCAAUUGUAUUUCUUUGCAUUCGCAUUAUUUGGUGAUUAUUCUAGUUCAUUACCUUUGGGUCAAAGAUAUAUUUUUGGUGUACCAACCUAUAGUUAUCAAGGUAGCAGCAGUAGUAGUGGAAGCAGUCAUAUUAAUAGUGGAAGUAGUAGUAAUAGAAGUGGAUUGCUAUCAUCGACUAGUUCGACCUCUUCAUUGUCGACUUCGACUACAGGAACAUCGAAAUCGGUAGCACUAGAUCGUCAGAAAUCAAUAUAUACCCGAUUGCUUGUUGACUAUCUUCACUACUUCCUACCGCUGUACAGUGAUGCCAGUAAAUCAAAGAGAUACAGCAACACAACCAAACCAAUUGAAAUCAAUCAAAUUCAAACACAUACCUUCUUUAAGAUCCUUUGUGAAUGCUUCCUCGGUCACAAUAUCACCAACCUCAUGAUAUCUCAUCUUCCCCAAGAAUUCUAUAAUCAUUUAUCGUCAUACAAUAAACCAAACUCAUUCUAUGCUGAUGUAUCCUAUACUUUAUUGGCACACUUCCAAGAGUUUGUAAAGUCACAGUCGAUGGAAUCUACCUUUAUUACACAACUCUUCAACACAUUGAGAUAUCCUUUGUUUGCAAACAUCAUAUCAUUCUUUGAGAAGUUUGAUCCAAACGAUACACAAUUACCAUUAGAACAAACUAUUAAGCUUUGGAUUUCUUACUUAACACCAUGGCGUCAAAGAACACUAAAAAAGAAAUCAUCAUUAUUAUCAUUUCAUCAUCAUCAAGAACAGGUUGUUAAUAUAUCUGAACAAUAUAUUAUAGAUAACUACUAUUUCUAUUCAUAUAUAUUCUCAUUGUUUAUGUUGAGGACAUUGAUAUCAUUCGACUUCUCAUUGGAUAUUCAUCAUCGAUCAUUCUCUAAAGUGUUAGAUACCAUACUAGAUCCAACCAUUUUACAAAUACUUCGAAAGAUUGAUCAACAUGACAGACAUCUAUUAAAUAGUAAAUCAAUAGAUUACAAUCUCACUAAUACCAGUGUUAAUCUAUCAAAGGACAUAUUACAAAGUCUAGAUAGGCAAAUGAAUUUCUAUGGAAUAAGAGAGAAUCAAGACAAACUAUCGAUGUUCUCCAACUACAUGUCUAUGAGUGUAAAGAACUUGGUGCAAGAUCUUGCAAAGAAACCGAUUGCAUUGAAGAUUAAAGAGAGUGUAUUGAAUCGUUUGUCUUCACUCUAUCAAUUCGAAGUGAUUGUAGAGUUGAAUAAAGUAGAACAACAACAACAUCAUCAUCAUGCUUAUCAACAACAACAACAACAACAAAAUAUGAAAUCAAUUAACAACAGUCAACAACAACAACAACAACAAAAUCAACAAUAUCCACCACUACAACAAAAUCAAUUACAACUACAACAACAAUACCAGCUAUCACCAGUUAGACAACAAAGACAGAAUCUUCUAGUAACACUAUCACCUAAUCGUAAUCCAAAUGGAAGUCUGUCAGAUGAAGGAAGAAAACAACUAUAUAAUGGCAGCAGAGUGUGUACCGCCUACGAUACCUACAAAUAUCCGUUGGACGACGAGAAAUUCCCAAUCACCUCGAUGGAAAUUGGAUUACCAAUCAAAAUGAUCUACAAAAUCACAGAUAACAAACAGAUUCGUUUACUAUCACGUAGAUUCUUUAGAAAAGAAGUUAUUCUAGCACUUUCUAUUUUAAUUCUAAUUGUUUCCAUAUUUAUCAAACUCAUCUUAUGGAUAUACAGUUUUUAA